GGAGGCGACCGGAGCCAGUGCAUGCUGGGAAGGUGACAUGAAGCACAAUGGCGGUUAAACAACAAGUGUCCCGUGCCCUCACUCUCUCAUGUUUGGUCUCGUCCCUUCUGCUCCACACUUGUCGGACUGCAGCCGAGGAACUGCAGUGGGAUGUGAACGGCUACGUGCUGUACUGCCCGUGCAUGGGUCGCUUCGGGAACCAGGUGGACCACUUCCUGGGAACUCUGGCCUUUGCAAAGAUGUUGAACCGAACCCUGGCGGUCCCUCCCUGGAUAGUGUACCGCCACCACACGCCCCCUUACACCAACGUCCAUGUUCCCUACAGUGAGUUUUUCCAGUUAGAGGCCUUGUAUGCCUACCAUCGUGUGCUCAGUUUGGAGGACUUCAUGGAGAAGCUGGCCCCCAAAUACUGGCCCUCAGGACAGAGGAAUGCCUACUGCUUUGAGACUGCUGCGCAGCGGAGCGUAGACAAGAAAUCCUGCCCUAUGAAGGACGGGAACCCGUUUGGUCCAUUCUGGGACUACGUUGGUGUGGACUUUGACAAGUCUGUCUUGUUUGGUGGUAUUUCUUUUAGUGCCUACCAUCAACCUCAGUGGAUGAAAAAGUUCCCUCCCUCUGAACACCCUGUCCUGGCGCUGCCCGGGGCUCCUGCCCAGUUCCCGGUGAUAGAGGAGCACGUGGCCCUUCAGCGGUAUGUAAUGUGGUCGGACAAGAUGGUGAAGGAGGGAGAAGAGCACAUCGCCACCUCGCUGACCAGGCCAUACGUUGGCAUUCACCUGAGGAUUGGCAUCGACUGGCAAAACGCAUGCAAAAUGCUGAAGAGUGGAGAUGCAGGGCCUCACUUCAUGGCCUCUCCUCAGUGUGUCGGCUACAACCGCCAGACUGCGUUGCCUCUCACCAUGCCCAUGUGCCUGCCUGACCUGGCGGAGAUUCGCAGGGCUGUGAAGCUGUGGGUGAAGAAGACCUCUGCCAGCUCUGUCUACAUUGCCACCGACUCAGAAUCCCACAGUCAAGAAAUUGAAAAGAUCUUCAAGGGCAAGGUUAAAGUGGUGACUCUACAACCAGACUCAGCCCAGUUGGAUCUAUACAUCUUAGGCCGAGCUGACCACUUCAUCGGCAACUGCGUCUCUUCCUUCUCUGCAUUUGUGAAGAGGGAGAGGGACGUGCAUGGCCUCCCGUCCUCCUUUUUUGGCAUGGACAAGCCUGGGAAACCAAAUAACAAAGAAGAGCUAUGAGUGUUACACGGUUGCCCUUUGGGCGGUGGUGAUGGAUGACUGUCACGAGGAGGCGGGACGGCAUGUGAGAAGCAGAGAGAAUUUAUGAUUAUGUGACAGUUCUUAAUGGGUGAAGAAAGAUGAGAGACUAAGUCAUGGAUAGGUUCCAUUUUAGGAUGGGUUUUAAUCUCUGGGAAUGGAAGAAGGGCUAGGGUGUCGCAGGUGGGUAGUCUUAAUAAAAUAUUGCUGCUGCUGCCAAAAAUUCCACAAUGCAACUUUUUGUCUGUUCUCUGCUUGAAAAUCGAGUAUCUGAAUGUUCCCUCUAAAGUUUUGGCUCCUACCUUACUUUUGUUCACUUCAAUCAGUUUUCCUUCCCAUCGGGGAAACACACCAUUUCCUUUACAUUUCCUUCAGUACAACUGCAUUCUGCUGCUGCUGCUGCAAACAUGUUCUACAGUACAGACGUGAGCAGGACCUCCGAUGACCUCAGUGUACUGGAAAAGACUGGUUGCUGUGUCAGCGAUCAUGUUCUACUGCUCUGUCUUUUGCCUUCUUCCUCUUUCCCCCCCCCCACUACUUUUUCGUCCCUCCAUCUCUUUGCAGCUUGCUCUUUUCCUUCCCUCUUUCCUCCUUUCCAAGGAGAGAACAGUAACUGAUCCUCCUGUUCAUACAAUUAUGGGCAGGGGAAAGGACACAGUCUUUCCACAUCUAAAUUUACCAGGACCAAAAACUGAUGAGGUGUGUGAAUGUUAUUCAGUGCAUGUGGAAUAAACGUUUUAGAAGGACAAAGGAGUUUAUUUGCACUGGAUGAAUUGAUUUAAAUGUAAAUAUGAAUGUGUUGUGGUCUAACUGUCUUCCUCAAUGUGAAAGCAGUGAAUGCAAUGAUGAAGUUUUUUUUCUAUUAUGUUUUUCACCAAUAAAGAAAUGAACACUAA